UGAAACUACUUGGCGGUCUGAAUUGAGCAUUGAUUUGUUCAUCAUCAACAAGACAAUUCUUUUGGUGAAAAAGUAAAUAAUAGAUCUGAAUCUCUGCAAGCUUCGCCCCUAGCGGCCUUCAGGAUUCAGUUCAAUUCAAAGGAAAUCCAUCAGUAUCACAAAGCUUUCUCUCUCUGUUAUCAGGAUUCAGUCAAGAUUAAGAUCAAGAUCGACCAACUCUCCUCCAAUAUCGUCCGAAAUUUAACAAUCUGCUGCCCUUAAAUCACACACACGGGGCUCGUUCUCCACUCGAACGACGAGAAGAUCGUCAUGGCCAGUUGUCGAUGAAAUAAAGUCGAAGAAGAAGAAGAAGAAGUCAGUCGUCAAUAAUUCUGUAAAAUGAACAACAAAAAUGUUGUGGUCUGCGACAAUGGCACUGGGUACGUUAAAUGCGGGUUUGCAGGAGAAAACUUCCCCACUUCAGUAUUCCCUUGUGUUGUUGGGAGGCCAAUGCUACGUUAUGAAGAAUCCCUUGUAGAACAAGAGCUGAAGGAUAUUGUUGUGGGAGAAGGCUCCUUUGACUUGAGGCAUCAGUUAGAUAUAUCUUAUCCAGUUAGCAAUGGAAUUGUUCAAAACUGGGAUGAUAUGGGCCAUGUCUGGGACCAUGCAUUUUAUAAUGAAUUAAAGAUUAAUCCUGCUGAUUGUAAAAUAUUGCUUACUGAUCCACCACUUAAUCCUUCCAAAAACCGAGAAAAAAUGGUGGAAACCAUGUUUGAAAAGUACAACUUCUCUGGAGUCUUCAUUCAAAUUCAAGCUGUUCUAACGCUUUAUGCUCAAGGGCUACUUACUGGACUAGUCAUUGAUUCUGGAGACGGCGUCACUCACGUGGUUCCAGUUGUUGAUGGCUACUCAUUCCCGCAUCUUACAAAGAGAAUGAAUGUAGCUGGGAGGCACAUAACAUCUUACCUAGUUGAGUUGCUUCAUCGUAGAGGAUAUUCAAUGAACAAAACUUCCGACUUUGAGACUGUUAGGGAUAUCAAGGAGAAACUUUGCUACGUAAGUUAUGACUACAAGAGGGAAUAUCAGUUGGGACUUGAGACCACUAUACUUGUCAAGAACUAUACUUUGCCGGAUGGAAGGGUAAUCAAAGUUGGCACAGAGCGUUUCCAGGCUCCGGAGGCACUGUUUACUCCUGAGCUAAUAGAUGUUGAAGGUGACGGUUUGGCAGACAUGGUGUUUCGAUGCAUACAAGAAAUGGAUAUCGACAACCGGAUGAUGCUUUAUCAACACAUAGUUUUGAGUGGUGGGAGUACUAUGUACCCUGGAUUGCCAAGCCGCUUGGAGAAGGAAAUUUCGGAUCGAUACCUUGAAUUUGUCCUGAAGGGAAACAAAGAUGGACUGAAGAAACUAAGGUUGCGGAUAGAAGAUCCACCGCGAAGAAAACACAUGGUUUACCUCGGAGGAGCUGUUCUUGCAGGAAUUAUGAAGGAUGCCCCUGAGUUUUGGAUUAGCAGAGAAGAUUAUCUCGAAGAAGGAAUUGCAUGUCUAAGCAAAUGCGGUCAGGCCUGAUGAGACAGAAAAUCUCUUGUUAUUAGUAUGUGCAAUUCUUCCUUGCACAUAUUUUAUUUAGGUUAGAUAAUAUGUCUGGAUUAUUUGUUUCAUUUUUGGAUAAACUAUAUAGAAAAUGUAUCAUUUGUUUUUUCCGGCUAUUUUGAUUCAGGCUUCAUUUUA